AUGGCUGAUGAUCAUGCUAUAGUCAAUAAUUCUAACUUACCUCUAGGAAAUGCUAUUAUCAGAUCAAGUGUAUACUGCCUUUUAUUCAUUACUGGCUUUUUCGGUAACCUUAUCUUUUUAGUAAUCUUUGCAAAGUGUCCGUAUAUGCGCAUACCGAUUAAUUAUUUUUUAGUUAAUCUGGCCAUCGUUGAUAUUACCGCUACUAUCUUUCGUGAACUUGCAUUAAUUAUUGGUUAUUUCAACUGUCAGUGGUUAUACAAUUACCACACUUGUAACUUAUUCGGUUUUAUGAGAAAUAUAUGUUGUGCUGUUACUAUUUUUACACUUUUGGCUAUUAGUGUUUGCCGAUAUUUAGUGAUUUGCCAGCAUAAAGGGAGAAGAAUGACUCGACAUGCAGUUUUAUGUAUUAUUGCUUUCGUCUGGUUUUAUACCAUUUUAGUAUGUUUAUGUCCGAUAUUUGGUUGGAAUCGAUAUAUUUAUCAUCAAAAUCAGUAUGUAUGCUCAAUAGAUUGGAGCUAUCAACCUUCUUAUAUUAGGUAUAUUAUUAUUGUCGACGUCUUUUUACCCACGAUCAUCACCAUAAUUUGCUAUACAUUUAUUUACAUUGUAGUGCAUCGACAUUCUAGAAGAAUACAAGAUAUUCUACGAAUGUCGGGUAGUUUGUCAUCCGCCCAAUACAAUCGAAUUGCAAGAGAGAAGAAAGUAACGAAAAUUAUGUUUGCUGUGUACAUAAAUUUCUUGAUAUGCUAUCUGCCAUUUUCUAUAAUAACAGCAAUACUGAUACCGAGUGGAAUAAAACCGCCAGCGGAAUUAUUCUUCGUUGGGACAUUUAUGAUUGAUUUAAACAGUUCAAUUAAUCCUAUGCUAUAUCCCUUCAUUUAUCGACGCUGUAAAGAAGCUUAUUGUGAAGUCUUAUGCUGCCAUCGAUCUCAAACAUCGCCAACAUCAAAUUGUUAUUAA